CAUAUUAUCCUCAACGAACUCUUCCUUUCAUUAGCAUUCUCAUACUUCAUUCCUUUGAGUCAUCCACCAUCAAAAUGGCUUUCCAUCGUUCCUCUUUAAUGUCCUUCUUCCUCAUGGCUUUGGUGGCGGUUUCAUCUGCCACUGAUUAUUCCUACAACCCUACUCCGUCAUACAAGGCACCAUCUUAUACCCCAGUGUAUAAGUCACCUGUUUAUACCCCCUCACCAGUUUACAAGUCUCCAGUUUACACCCCAUCCCCUGUGUACAAGUCACCGGUUUAUACCCCUUCCCCAGUUUACAAGUCUCCAGAUUACACCCCAUCUCCCGUGUACAAGUCGCCAGUUUAUACCCCUUCACCAGUUUACAAGUCACCCGUUUACACCCCAUCACCUGUUUACAAGUCACCAGUAUACACUCCAUCCCCUGUGUACAAGUCACCCGUUUACACCCCAUCACCAGUUUACAAGUCUCCAGUUUACACUCCAUCCCCCGUGUACAAGUCACCCGUUUACACACCAUCGCCGGUUUACAAGUCUCCAGUUUACACUCCAUCCCCCGUGUACAAGUCACCCGUUUACACACCAUCGCCGAUUUACAAGUCUCCAGUUUACACUCCAUCCCCCGUGUACAAGUCACCCGUUUACACACCAUCGCCGGUUUACAAGUCUCCAGUUUACACUCCAUCCCCCGUGUACAAGUCACCCGUUUACACCCCAUCACCGGUUUACAAGUCUCCAGUAUACACCCCAUCCCCCGUGUACAAGUCACCCGUUUACACCCCAUCACCGGUUUACAAGUCUCCAGUUUACACUCCAUCCCCCGUGUACAAGUCACCCGUUUACACCCCAUCACCGGUUUACAAGUCUCCCGUUUACACUCCAUCCCCCGUGUACAAGUCACCCGUUUACACCCCAUCACCGGUUUACAAGUCUCCGGUUUACACUCCAUCCCCCGUGUACAAGUCACCCCUUUACACCCCAUCACCGGUUUACAAGUCUCCGGUUUACACUCCAUCCCCCGUGUACAAGUCACCCGUUUACACCCCAUCACCGGUUUACAAGUCUCCAGUUUACACUCCAUCCCCUGUGUACAAGUCACCCAUUUACACCCCAUCACCGGUUUACAAGUCUCCAGUUUACACUCCAUCCCCUGUGUACAAGUCACCCGUUUACACCCCAUCACCGGUUUACAAGUCUCCCGUUUACACUCCAUCCCCCGUGUACAAGUCACCCGUUUACACCCCAUCACCGAUUUACAAGUCUCCAGUUUAUACUCCAUCACCAGCCUAUAAGUCACCAAUAUACACUCCAUCCCCGGUAUACAAAUCUCCAGUUUACACCCCAUCCCCUGUAUACAAGUCACCUGCUUACUCUCCAGCUCCGGUCUACAAAACCCCUACAUACACUCCAAGCCCUUCAUACGGCUACUAAGAAGUUAAAUUACAUAGCUACAUGAUUGUUUUAAUUGUUUUUGCUGAAUUUUAUAAUGACUGUACUCCAAUUGAGGAGUCGGGUGAAGUUUCUCUAUUAAUGUAUCGUAUUGCUCUAAAUUGAAAUGAAUAAAUAAUUAUUCUGUUGACUGCGUGUUUUAA